GCUGUCACGUGGCGCGGCGCUUCCUUUCUCUGUGCGCCUCUCUUUCCUUCCUCGGCCGCCAUCUUGUUCUCGCCGCGUGUUGGCAGCGGGGGCUCCGCCGCGCUCAGACGUAGCACUAUGAACCAAGAAAAACUGGCCAAGCUUCAAGCGCAGGUCCGAAUAGGAGGAAAGGGUACAGCUCGCAGAAAGAAGAAGGUGGUGCACAGAACAGCUACAGCUGAUGACAAAAAACUUCAGAGCUCCCUCAAAAAACUGGCAGUAAAUAACAUUGCUGGCAUUGAAGAGGUGAACAUGAUAAAAGACGAUGGAACAGUUAUUCACUUCAACAACCCCAAGGUUCAAGCUUCCCUCUCUGCCAACACCUUUGCAAUUACUGGUCAUGCAGAGGCUAAACCGAUCACAGAAAUGCUUCCAGGCAUCUUAAGCCAGCUUGGUGCUGACAGCUUAACAAGUCUCAGGAAGUUAGCUGAACAAUUCCCAAGACAAGUGUUGGAUAGUAAAGCACCAAAAUCUGAAGAUAUUGAUGAAGAAGAUGAUGAUGUCCCAGAUCUCGUAGAAAAUUUUGAUGAAGCAUCAAAGAAUGAAGCUAACUAAAACAUUAAUAGUUCUGGAAGCUGGCAUGGACUAGAUUUAAGAAAUCAGCUAUGUGGUUCCAAAGUUUUAAAGAAACAGAGAACAUCAUCUGUUAAUAGUUCAGUAAUAUAAAUAUUUUGUAUUUUUAUGAUGCUGUUUGUUCAGCAUUUUCUGUCAGUUGAUUUUGCAUUUUGCACUUACUCCCAGGAUCUACUCUUUUGGUCAAAAAGAAAUGUCAGUGCAGUUUGAGGGGUAUGUGUGUAUGUGUGUGGGUGUACGUAUAGUGGAGAACAAAUUGGAAACACAUAUUUAACCAUCUACCCUUUUCCUUUGGAAAUAGAAAUAAAAUGAAUCUUCAGCAUUGUUACUUUGAUUAUCACCAAAUAGUGUACAGAGGGAGUUAAGAUUAACAUUUUGUCCACAUUUUGUGACCUGAAGGCAUUACACCAUUAAAACUUGGGGUUAAUUUGCUGUAAUUAUUGUACUUUCAGGUGUGUUUCUCAGUGUACACAUAUUUUUUAUCAACCUUGUGUUGAUCCCAGAUAUUAGGGGAGAUGAGCUGUUUUAGCAGCUUGUUUGGUACAGUAACUUUUUAAGAACUUGGUCUCAUCAAAGUGUGCUAUUUUAAACCUUUUUCAUUUUGUUUUGGUUUUGCUUUGUUUUUUGGUCUCUAAAGUUUUGAUACAAGCUGGUAUUUGACUCCUUCCAUGUAGGCUUAGCAGUAUGUUCUCCUGUUGGUUACUAAAGUAUUUCCCAGUCAAAAGAAAACCACCUUGGUUCUCUACUGUGGGGUCACUUCCUAAGCUUGGAGGUCUGGUUGGUAACAGUCCAGUGCACCAGUUUUGCACAGUAACAAGUUUUUGCUUGAAUAACUUCAAGCUGUUUUCUUGGCAUGACUGCAUUUACUAGCAGCUGAUGAUCCACUUUCAUUCUUAGGGCACUAGGAACUAAAUGCACUGUGUGAGCAAUGUUUAGGGUGGGAGAAAAGAGUUGUUGACAUUUUGCCUUGCUUCCUGCUGGGCAGUCUGUGCAGUGACUAGCUCUAAAGGGAUAUUUUUCUUUUUUAUUUUGGUGUUUUGUUUUUUUUUGUUUUUUUUUGCCUGUAACUUACCUUGGCCUAUAACCUACCUCUAGGUUUGGUGUCAUCUAUGUAGUAGCUUCUUACAAAACACAAGUGCUCCUCAGGCAUAAGGAGGACAUUGGGAGGUACUGUUGGUACAGUGCAGUAUUUAUGACCUUUCUUUAAAAUGCUUAAUGUGAAGCCGUUUUCUCAGAGGCUCUUUCAAGAUUCUUGAUGUAACGUGCAUUAAAGUAUAGUUAGACAUCAUUGUAACCUCUGUCAAGGGCAGCUGUGGCUUACAAAAGCCACUUUUUUUUUUCUCUACAUCUGUCACUUAACUAUGGCUUAAUUGGAACAUAUCAGCUUUUGGUGUAGGCUCAUAUGCUAGAGAACUGUAAUAGAACAAGCAAACAGUCUGUGAGUUCUGGAGACUUCAUGAACCCAUGGAAGUAGAGCUGUAGUGGUUCAUCAGCUGAACUCCUCGGUUCAUUUUCUAGGCUUUGUUCAGUUUUUCCUGUUAAAUUUUAUAUACUACAUGGAUCUUACUACAAAAUAAAAUAACAGUACAAA